AUGGCUGUAAUCGACCCUAACCAGCCUUAUCUGCGCGAGUUAAAAGGCGGGAGUCUGGCCAUCUUUACGGUCUCGGUGGUGGGAUGCAUUCUCUCCACAAUAGUUGUUGCGUUGCGAACAUGGGCAAGAGUGUCUUCGAAGGCCUUCGGGCUUGAUGAUGGUCUCAUGCUCGGCGGACUGGCGAUCUACAUCGUCGACGUUGGUUUCGCCUCCGAAGGCGCCCGCGCCGGUCUAGGUUCGCGUGACGUUGACCUGAGCCCCAAGAUGCAGCAGGACUCGCGUAUGUGGCUCAUGAUUUGGAUGUUGACGUACAUCUGCGGUCUUGCGGUGGUUAAGAGCUCCAUCUGCGUUACUAUGCUGCGCAUUGCCAACGCGAUGAAGUGGUUCCGUUUUGCAGUCUUCGCGCUUCUUGCCACGACCUGGCUUACUUGGGCAACCACUUUUAUCGGUGUCCUGCUGCUAUGUCGACCUGUCGCUGGCAACUGGGACAGCAGCCUCGUGCUCUCGGGGGAGGCCAAGUGUGCAUCCAUGGACGCCAUGAUAGCCCUGUCGUACACCUCGACUGCGUCGACGAUCGUGACCGACUUGGCUUGCGCGGUUCUGCCGGCGUUCUUGCUGUCGAGAAUGCAGAUGGCGCUCAAGUCAAAGAUUCUGGUCGGCGUACUGCUCUCAUUUGCUUCUUUGGCUUCUAUCUCGACUAUGGUCCGCACUCCAUACAUUGAUUACUACCGCAAUCCAACGGACAACUUGCCAUUCCACGUCGGCAACAUUGUCCUCUGGUCCAAUAUCGAGACCGCCAUCGGCCUCAUCGCCGGCUCUCUUCCCUCCCUCCGUCUCCUCAUCGUGCGUAACAUCAAGACCAGCAAGAACGGCAACUCGAGCGGCCCCUCUCUCAAGCAGAACGCUCGCGACCGCAGCCUCGUCACCAUCGGCGGCGGUGGCGCGCCCCUGAGUAAUAAUGGCGGUAAGCGGGGUCGUGGCACCUUCAAGAACCCCACCGACACGGGCGUCAGUGUCAGUCAUGUGUACGCCCACGGCGAGGGGGAUUGGGAGAGAUUGAGCGAUUCGAGCUCGCAGACGAGACUGAAGCACGCAGCGAGCGAAACCAAGGGUGGGAUUAGGGCUGAUUUCUCGUAUGAGGUGGAGUUGAGUGAACGGCCGGCUUCGGUAAAGGAUCAGGUUGGCAGGUAA